UUUUCUUUUUUCCUUUCUUUCUUUCUUUCUUGAUUUCAAUAUUUUCCCCUGUCCUUGCGGCUGCAACCGCCACCUUCUACCUGUUCCGCGGCAACCGCGCGCCGCUAGCAGCUGAAGGUUAGAAAGGAGCAGGGUGUACUUUAGAUUUUAAACAACAUUUUUGAAGACAAACCUCUUUUUCUCCACCCCACCCCGUCUCCUCCAGAGCCUCCGAGCUCUUUAUUCCGGUGGUUGCUUUGGGGCGAACAAUUUUUGGCUUUUCCCCCUGCAGUUCUGACCAGGUCGGGCUUGGGAGCUGUUUGUCCGGUGCGUGCACCUGGCGCUGCUCUUUUGCCCCCAACCUGUUGCAAGUCUUGAAUCCUUGUAACUGGGACUUGCUUGCAGGCACCCCAGCCCUCUCACUCUCCCCACAUUUUGCAGUUGUCUGGGGGAGGGCACCUGCUCUACCUGCCAGAAUUUUUUAAAAUUUCCCCGGCGCCCUCCUAGCCCCUUUCUCCCUGCGCUCUCGCUCUCCUGCCCCGCCCCAAGGUAAAGGGAGACUGGAAGAUGGUGCUCACCGCAGUCCUACUGCUGUUGGCCGCUUUUGCGGGGCCGGCCCAGGGCCUGGGCUCCUUCGUGCACUGCGAGCCCUGCGAUGAGAAAGCCCUCUCCAUGUGCCCCCCCAGCCCCCUGGGCUGCGAGCUGGUCAAGGAGCCGGGCUGCGGCUGCUGCAUGACUUGCGCCCUGGCCGAGGGGCAGUCGUGCGGCGUCUACACUGAGCGCUGCGCCCAGGGGCUGCGCUGCCUCCCCCGGCAGGACGAGGAGAAACCCCUGCACGCCCUGCUGCAUGGCCGCGGGGUUUGCAUGAACGAAAAGACCUACCGCGAGCAAGUCAAGAUCGACCGAGAAUCCCAGGAGCACGAGGACCCAACCACCGCUGAGGGGGCUGAGGAGACCUACGCCCCCAAGGUCUUCCGUCCCAGUCCCAAACACUCCCGCAUCUCCGAGCUGAAGGCCGAGGCCGUGAAGAAGGACCGCAGAAAGAAGCUGACCCAGGCCAAGUUUGUGGGGGGAGCUGAGAACACCGCUCAGACCCGGGCCAACGCUGCCCCUGAGAUGAGACAGGAAUCCGAACAGGGCCCCUGCCGCAGACACAUGGAGGCUUCCCUGCAGGAGCUCAAAGCCAGCCCUCGGAUGGUGCCCCGUGCCGUGUACCUGCCCAACUGUGACCGCAAGGGAUUCUACAAGAGAAAGCAGUGCAAGCCUUCCCGUGGCCGCAAACGUGGCAUCUGCUGGUGCGUGGACAAGUACGGGAUGAAGCUGCCAAGCAUGGAGUAUGUCGAGGGGGACUUCCAGUGCCACACCUUCGACAGCAGCAAUGUUGAGUGAUGCGUCCCCUCCUCCUCCUCCCCUCACCCCACCCCACCCCCAGCCCCAACUCCAGCCAAUGCCUCCCUCCACCCCAGGACGCCACUCAUUUCAUCUCAUUUAAGGGGAAAACAUACAUAUAUCUAUCUAAUUGAGGAAACUGAGGACCUCAGAAUCUCUAGCAAGGUCUCAACUUUGAAAAUGGCAACAAUGGAGAUGAAAAAAGUUAAGGAGAUCCCCUCCCCCCUUUUAAAUGGUUUUCUUUUUGAGGCAAGUUGAAUGAAUAGGGAAGAGAGGAAGAACAAGAGGAAGAGAAGGGAAGAAGGCAUAUGUGUACAAGAGGGAGUAAGAUGAACAGAGUUGGGAAAGGAAGGGAGAAUGUGGGCAGGAAGGAAAGAUCCCAGGCCUCACGGCUGACCCCAAUUUUCAUGUGCAACCCUGGCCUGAGCUGGGGAGACGUUUGGGCGCUAGAGUUCUGGCCCAAGAUGUAGUAUUUGAUGACACACUUGGAGCUUUCCCAGGUUGGAUUGGUCACAGAGAGAGCAAGGCAAAGAGAAAAGGUGUCAGCGCCUCUCCUGGGUCUAGCUCCUCCUGCAACCAGCAAUGUGGGCGGCUCGAACUCUCCUUCCUCUGCUUACCCCACUAGGUGUUCUCUCCCCCCCAAAUUUAUAAAAGCCAAAAUGCAUUCCACUCCCCUCAAAACAAAACAAAUUAAAAACUGAGUGAUAUUAGAUAGAUAGACUUUCCUAAGCAGAUACAUAAGUAUUACAUAUGUGUGCACAUUUCCCUGUGCAAACUUUUGGAAAUUAAUACACACUCAACAGUGGGAAGACUUGUUCCUCCCGGUUGACCAGAACUCCGAGCUGAAGCAUGUGGUUUCAGCCCCUCAAUGCAUUUGAUUCACAACUAGCACAGCCUCUGUGGGGGAGGAUAGGCUGAAAAAAAAGUGGGCUUGUAUUUAUCUACAAGGCUCCAUGUAGUCAUAUAUAGGCAUAUAAAUCUACUUUCUUUCUUGUUUUUUUUUCCUUCCUUCCUUUCUUUCAAAAAUUUGUAUUAUUAACUUUUCAAAUAGUUUCUAUGGGGGCAUUGAGGAGCUUCCUCAUUCUGGGAAAACCAAGACAACUCAUAUUCUUCUAACACGACCCAUAACAUCAGUCUUGCCUGCCUCCCAUGAGCAGCAAACUCAACUUUUUGUGGGACACAGUGUUGGAUUUUUUUCAUGAUUUCCCACGUGCACACGUCUUCACACGUACCACCCAGCCAGGUGGAUGAGAGCACUCUGUGUGCACCCACCAUGCUCCUCACACCCUCCAGAAGUAACCAUCUCCAAUCGCACACUGAGCGAGCCCAACAGGCCCAAGUUUGACCUACUGGUCCCACCGGGCCUUUCCAUUUCAUCUGGGCAGAGCCUGCAUUUUGAAAGCCUCUCUCACUCUUCAUGCUGGCGGAGCAGGAGAGAGAUGGAAAUGAGAGAUGACAAAGAGGGAUGUGGAGGUGAACAAGUUUCAAUACAGGGAAGUUUGUAAAGUGAUUGUUCAGGCCAGAUAGAUGGAGUGAAGGGAAAGGGGCUGAUGGCCCCAUUCUAGCUUUGAAGCAAAGCAACAGAAAAGGAGACAUAGCUAGAGAAACUCCCCUGGCUCCCCACCCGAUAAGCCCUCUGGGAUUCAAGAGGAAGAUGGGGUACAGGUUACAAAUGAGAAAUGAACUAACUCUUGGCCUUAGAGUCAGGGAGGGUGGGUAACCUUAGGGUUCUAGACUUAGCAUCUAGACCACAGCAAGGAGCAGUAGAAACUGGCCAUGUUUUGAAGGGACAAGACUUUGUGCUCAGAUGCCCAUCUUCACCCAGCAGUGAGGGACUGAGGCCAGAGAGUUUUCAUUCACUCUGGCCAGUUCAGCUUCCUCCCUGGGGUGAGGAUGGAAGAAAGGCCUAGGACAGCAAGGGAAUGGAUGCUUGGGGUGCUGUCACUUGGCAGCCACAUUCUGAACCAAGAACACUCCCAUUCUCCACUGAAUUCCUCAACAAGUGCGUGGUCUGGGGGCUGUCCCCUGCGGCUGGAGCUAGCCUGCCAGGAAAGGGGGCUUGGACAAUGGCAAGGACACCCUUUCUCACUGUGAGCACAGCCCUCUCCAUUCUUUCCCGAUGGCAUGACACCGUGGAGACACUCCAACACCGAACGUGGGGCAAUGAAGAGGGACAGCAAAGAAGCCAAUCUAGUCCAGCUAGCGGAAAACUUGCAGCUGUGCAACGUGGGGGAUGUCUCCUGCUCCCCAGGACAGGACAGUUGGCUGGAGGUGGGAGAGAUGGUCCAUCUUCAUAGGACAAAGGGCUUGACGGGAAUGGCAACUGCAAGGAUUUACUUGACCUGCUGUGUCAGCGUACCCCAUCUCCCUGUGCCACUGUCCCCGAACCCCAACUCACAUUUCUAUACUGUAGGCCAGUAUCCUGAACCUUUCCCACCUCCCUCUUCUUCCUGCCCAUCCUUCCUUUGGAUCUUGAGCAGUCAUCUAACUGGGUUCUGCCAAGUGGAUACUGGGGUGCCAUUCCCCCUAAGAAAAGACUGAGCCAGGAACUGCAUGCCCUACUCCCACCCUUCCCUAGGCCUGGACCUGGUUCCUGAGAGGGGCUCUCCCCCCGCCCCACCCCACACCACUGUUUACUGGACUUUGAAUGGGCUCCUGACAUCAGCUCUUUGCUGUCAGCCCAAGGUGGGGACGAUGGCCUGGCUCAACUUCACCAGUCUCUUCAGGUCUCCAACGUUCAUGACGACUACACACCUGUGAGUCCCCAGUGUUUGCAGGGAGUGAUGCUAGUCAAUCCCUAGAGGACCCUGGACCUUCUUGAUGGAUGGAACUUAGCCUCUCCCAGGGGAGGUCCGGCUUGAGCCCACGGGAGAGACCACGGGAGAGAGUCACUGGGGACGAUGGUGCUGUCCCGCAGCAGGUGGGAGGGAAGGCAGAUGUGGAGCACUGCCAGCCGCAGGCUUCUCCUUGACCCCAGGCUGCCUAGGCCUCUGAGUGCUCUCUUGGCGGCCUGAAGCUCCAGCUUCUCAAUGGCCUCAAGUCUAAGUGUUGACCUUCCCCAUCAGGAGGUCUCAUCCCAGCUCCCUUUUGACUCAUGCCUCACUCCAGCAGUGUAGAUCAUACGUGAUGUCCCAAUGGAGGGAGGCCUAGCCAGGACUAAUCCUCCUUCCCCCAGAGCCCUCCCCACCCUGGCAAGGAAGGGCAUCUGGGGAGGAAGUUUCUCAGACAGCCAGGCCUGGACAGGCCCGGAGACUUCAACCCUUACCCAGGGAGGAAGGGAGGCCCGGAGGCUGUGGGGUCCCACAACCUCUCCCCUUGCCCAUGUCCCCAUCACCACUUUGGUGGUCUCCACUGUACCCCUGCAAGGGUCAGCCUCCUCUGGGGUCUGGGAGAGGUGGGCCAUGUACACUACAUGCUCCCUUCUUCCACCACAUAACUCUCCAGCAGCCACCCAGCUGCCAUGGCAACCGCCAGGCCCCCUCACAAGGGGGCAAUGAUCUCCCUGUCCAUGGGCUCAGCCCCCAGAGGGCUCCAGCUCAGCAUGGGGGUUCAGAGAGGAGUGGGCCAAGGAGAGGCAGGACCCUCUGCUCUCAGAGAGGACUUUGGUGGCUUCCAAGAGAAAGGAGGCUACGUUUUAAGAAGUGGUGGGACUAAGGGAACAGGGUUUGACCUGCCAGCAACCUGGGCGUUGUACUGUCUUUAUUUUUGAAACCACUAAAGUGCAAGACGUAUUUUGCACUUUUCUCCACUUCGUUUUUCUCUUAGGUUUUUGUGUCUUUUUUGAAACAUACUUCCUUGGUUUCCUAGCGGAGUACAUGGCUUAGCCAUCUCCACAGACUCUGGCCUCCUCUCUCUUCAGCUCCUUCUGAAUGGGGAAGGGGAGGUGAGAGGGCGAGUUCACUCCACUCCUCUGGUCCCCGGACACCAGCCUGAGUCCCACCUGCCGCCACCAGCGCCGUCACACAGUAGCCCACACGGAUAGACAGUUGUCAGACAAGAUCCUUCAGAUUCCGAGUUGCCUACCGGUUUGUGUUUUUGGUUUUUGGUUUUUCGGUUUUUAUUAGACAGCAGUAACCACAGCACAUAUUACUGUAGUUCUCGAUAGUUUUACAUACAUACAUACAUACAUACAUACAUACAUACCAUAGCUCUAUUUUCUCCUAUUUUUUUGUCUUCAACUUUUUUAAAAGAAAACAAAUGCUCAUAAUCUUUACUGGUGAAAAGGAUGGAUAAACAAACCAACAAACAAAACCAGUUCAUGGUGAAAAAAAAAAAUGCAGGAAAAAUAAUUUGCCUGAAUGUGGAAGAACUCACCUCCUGUUUAGCAUUUUGUACCUAAGGAAAUAAAAAUGAGAAAAAAAAAACCACAACAGAGGAUCUCACGUUUUCUUAAAAAGGUGAAGAUUGCUGUAUACUAUUUAUUCAUCUUAUAAUUUAUGUUACUCCUGAUCUUUGUCGUUUGUCGUGACGAAGCAUUUAUUUAAUAAAGUGAUGCAUUCAGUUA